CUAUUUGCGCUCAUUCACUUCUUUAAAGCUCGACUCUUGGGCUUCAGGCUGCACCUAAAAGAAAACUGUGUUCGACAGUACUCAAAGAAUAUUCCUUUUAUUCAAGUGUAUGCAACAAAACCUCCUUUGUUUGCCUCUUGUACUUCAAGAAUGCCCAGUAGCACUUAAGCAGCCCAGAAAAACACAUCCUAGUGAUUGACGCAACAUCAAAAACAUUCUCGCCUCAAAGAUAAGGUGUUUUAAGUACAUGUUUGCGGCGUUUCUAAAAAAAAUUCACUCUGUGAAAACAUCACUCCCACCUGAACCACGGAUAAAUUUAGGUGAUAUAUAAGAGCGGAGCGUCCAAAGCACUCUGGUUUGGUACCAUCUGAAGAGAUGGCAUUACGCGGUUCAGCUUUUUUGGUGUUUGCCACCUUAAUUUCCGUUUCUUUGGCCAAAGUGACCCUGACUACUAAUGGUCUGGCUGCCACUGUGUCCAAUGGAAAUGUCGAAGUCGUCUUUAAAGCUGAUGCCACCGUGUCUGCCGUUAAAGUAAACGGCGUUAACAUCGUCUCUACCUCGCAGAAGACGUUCUACUUGGAUUGGAACGAAAAUGGACAAGUAACCUUCAAUCCCAGUGAACUGAAAGUAGGCGAAAACUCCGACUCACUGGCUCACUUUUACUGGAUCCAAAACGGUGCUUCCAAUCAAUUCCACAUCGAGUUCCAUUAUGUUAUGGUGGAUGGCGUGAGCGGAAUCUACUCAUGGGCCAAAUACAUCAACAGCCAGUCCGGAACGGUCUCCCUUGGAGAAACCCGAACGAUCUACCGGUUCGACUCAAGCAUUUUGACCCAAGGAACCAACCAGGCUCGGUCUGGCACGCUCUACCUGUACUCGUACCUGAACACUCAGACUAAGGUGCAAGAUGAGACUUGGCAACUGGCUGAUGGAACUUACUAUACCAAGUACGACUACGCUGGUUACCUCAGAGAGACCUCCUACCAAGGUGUUUACGGAAACGGUUACGGAGCAUUCGUAAUCUCACCAAGUCGAGAGUACCAUGCAGGAGGCCCGCUGAAGCAGGACUUGCUGAUCCAUCAGGACUCUCUGAUCGCCAACUACUUUGUCAGCAGUCAUUUCGGCACAUCUGGACUGAGUGCUCCAUCUGGAUGGACUCACAUCUACGGGCCGUGGCUGAUCUACUUCAACACUGGAAGCGACAGCGCUAUUCUUAGCGACGUCGCUAACAGGGCUCAGACGGAAAAGUCGAGCUGGCCUUACAGCUUCGUUAACGAUGAUGCCUACCCAAGAAGCAGAGGAACCGUAACCGGUAAAAUCACUGGGCAGCCAAAAGCUGCCGUUAUGCUGUAUGAUUCUACUGAAACUUUCGACGAUCAACAAUUGGGUUACGCCUUUACUACUGAGUCCGACUCAAGCGGAUCAUACACUUUAACCAACGUUCGUCCUGGUACUUACAAUGUGGUCGCCUACCCAUUGGCUGGACAGGGAAGUGAAAACUUGGCCACAUCUACUGUAACUGUAGCAGCAGGUGGAACUGCAACAGUCAGCACCCUUAAUCUGCCCGAGCCCGGAAAUAUUAUCUGGAACAUCGGGGAGACUGACCGCAGGUCAGACGAAUUUAAAUACAGUAACGAACCCCGUAAUUAUCUGUACGAAACUCUGCCUCCAGAGACUCUGACUUUUGUCAUUGGAUCAAGCAAUGCAGCUAACGACUGGUACUACUCUCAAUCCAAAGCUGGAAUCUGGACCAUCCAAUACGAAGACACGCAAGAUGGAAACGGCAGAACUCUUCGGGUGGCUUUGGCUGCCGCCAGUCAAAGUCCUCACUUGAUCGUCAACAUCAACGGCCACAAAAUCGGUGAUAUUUACUUCGACAACGACCAAUCGGUCUACAGAAGCGCCAUGCAGAGCGGCAAGUUCCAUUCCAACAUCUUCACCGCAAAUAAUGCCCAAAUCGUCAGUGGAACCAAUGUUAUCACCUUGCAAGUGAGCAAAGGACAAGUUAUGUACGAUGCCAUCAGCUUGCAAAGAGGUUGAUUCAGUGAUAAAGGAAUAAAGCAUUUUUUGUUGUU